CAUAUGAUAACUUCGUUAAGGCAGGAAUAAAUAUUACAACCCUUCAUACACUUAUGCUGGGAAGAGUCUAAAAGUACAGAAAAGUGUGCUUUAGAUUCGAACAAUUUGAUGGAGUUUCGUGCAGUCCAAGUUUGGUGAAAAUUAUGAUAACAGGCAUCAAAUCUUAACUGUUACAUGGCAUACCCACUCCCUACCUCCAAGGGAAAGCAAGAUGGGAAAUUGGAUUAAACCAAUUGUGUAUGGAGUGGGGGGAAUACUGGGCACCUGUGCGGCACUCCUGGUGACAUUCCAGGAGAAACUGGUUUACGUUCCUGUCCUGCCCGGCACUACUAAGGGCUACUCAAUUACCCCUGCCUCCCUCCACCUAAACUAUGAAGAUGUUUGGCUCACUUCUGCUGAUGGGGUUCGCCUCCAUGCCUGGUUUCUCAGACGCCUUCCACACUGUGCAGGUCCUAAUUCAAAACUUAAAUUGGAUGGGAGCCAAUUGAGGAUGCCCAAGACUUCCCCUGCUGUAGCGGGGACUGAUGACCUGGAUCAGCCUCUCACUGCCGAUCCAACAAUAUUGUAUUUCCAAGAAAAUGCUGGGAAUAUAGGGGACUCGCUUGGGUUUACUCGCAGCAUGUUAGAAAAUUUGAAAUGCAACGUUUUCAUGCUUUCUUAUAGAGGGUAUGGGGCAAGUGAUGGCUACCCAUCUCAAGCUGGCAUUAUCCGUGAUUCACAAGCAGCACUGGAACAUCUGCUUCAAAGGACUGACAUAGAUAGAUCAAAAAUAGUUGUCUUUGGGCGAUCUUUGGGAGGGGCUGUUGGAGUAGCGCUUGCCAAAAAUAAUCCUGAAAAGUUUUCAGCAUUGAUACUGGAGAAUACAUUUACUUCUGUAUUGGACAUGGCUGGAGUUGUGCUACCUCCUCUGAAGCGCUUUAUUGGUUCCAAUGAUCCAAGAAUUUUAAACUUUCUGGUUCGUUCUCCAUGGAAUACUAUUGAUAUUAUAGAUCAGUUACAGUGCCUUUGCUGUUGCAAUAAUUUUCUCUAUCUGAUGGAAUGGAACCAGAAAUGAGGAAACAUUGCUAAAUAAUUGUCAUGGAAGGAGAAUACAAUAAAGUGGAAUACCCAUAUUUAAAAUAGAUAAGCUGAUGACACAUCAUAAUACUUUUAUUACACUUGAUUGUUUUCUAUCUUCUAUGCGACAGAAUAAGAAGUCUUCAGCAGUCCCAAAUCUUUUGGGGAACAACACGGGUUACAGUCCAUAAGAUACAAAAUAACCUAUAAAUAUUAAAUAUUCAUAUACAAUGCAAACAACUGGUCAGCAAUACAAGGCAUUUGAAGAUUAAUAUUAACAGGACAUCCGUCAAUUAACUAUGCAUCCUUGGAACCAGCCUUAUGUUCAAUUGCAAAUAUAACGAUUACCAGCUUAUGUUAAUCAUAUUAAUUAUUGAGAUUUUUUGGUACCAUGUACCAGAGACAUGUGCCUUAUAUGUAUCCGUAGCUGAAGAAUCAGUACUGAACUUGGAAAACUCUGGAUUCCAAUUCCUAUACCUGACUGUCAAAAAUGAAGCAGAUUUCUACAUGGUUUCAAUUUUUCCAGUCCAUCUGUACUUUCUGAUUGUCUAGCGAGUAUAUUUGAUACCUCUAAUUUCAGUGUAUUGGAUUUUCUUCAGGUUCAUCAUGUACUAAAUAAUAGCAUAACUGCCCUUUGUCUUGAUGUAUAAUAUUAUCAUUCAGUAAAUUGAGUGCAUGUAAUUGGCAGAUUGCUUGAUGUACUUCUAUUGAAAUCGUAUGAUGUGCUGGUUACAGUUUUCUUAUGGAUUACUCUAUGACAAAUAGUUAAUAAUGCAUUGAGGAUGAAAAAAGCUCUCUCUAGGACUACUAGAUUGAGCAAUGCAUAAGGGAGGCAGUGGAAAUCACAAUUCAAGCAGGGAUGGGAGUUCAAGUUUAAUUCAUUCACGGCGAUCCUUGGGAGAUAUAGUAUUUUAAGGCUAGAUUUGGUGGUAAUAUUGGGUAUUAUAAGCACAGUUAAUUGGUGGAUUGGUCAAUAAUAAAUAUACCAUUGAAACCCUGUAAUGUGCUGGUUUCAGUCUGCUUCUGUACUGUUCUAUGGCAAUAAUUAAUAAUGCAUUCAAAGCCAAAGUUAUUGCUUGAAGAUCACUAAUUCAAGUGGCAUUUGGAGGCAGUGGAAAUCACAACUCAAACAGCGAUGAUGGCUUAAGUUAAAGCCACUGAAGGAGACUCUUUUCAAAUUAAGGGUAGAUCCCCUUCCAUAAGAGAUAUGGUAUUCAAUGUUCAAUCUGGUGUUUAUUGUUUUUGUAGAUUUUUGUAGGGAAGUUCAAUUUAGAUCAUGUUCAGAGGAGCUUUAGUCUGCAAUCCCAACACGUGGUGUGAUCCUAAAUGUUAUUGGGAGUUUGAAAGGGCCUGACUGUUGUACAAGUGAAAAGAUAGCAAUAAGAACAGCAAGACAGCAAAGGACAGCCAAGAAACAGAAAAAAAACUACAAAAGAUAGGAUACUACAAAACCAUUCAAUCUACAAACUCAAAAUCAGGGUGUCAUGAUCGUAAAUGUUAACGUGACCAAAAAUCCUACAUUUCUUUACAAAAAUCAUGUUUUUAACCUAAUAAUGCAUAUUUUAGGCCUAGUCAUGGUAGGAAAUCAUUUUGAAGAAGAUACCCACAAAUAAUAAUGCUAAAUGUAGAUAGGAUUUCUUACAUUUGUUUUUCUGUAUGGGAAAGUACUUUUUUUCUGCUUGUCCAUUAGAUCAUUU